GUGAAACUCAGACAGUCGUUGUGACAGAGAGGUGAAAUGGCGCAGCAAGGAGUUCAGCUGGACCGGGAAACAAUGUCUUGUUCGAUCUGUCUGGAUCUACUGAAGGAUCCGGUGACUAUUCCCUGUGGACACAGCUACUGCAUGAACUGUAUUAAAAGCUUCUGGGAUGGAGAGGAUGAGAAGCAAAUCCACAGCUGCCCUCAGUGUAGGCAGACCUUCACACCGAGACCUGUCCUGGUGAAAAGCACCAUUUUAGCAGUUUUAGUGGAGGAACUGAAGAAGACUGGACUCCAAGCUGCUCCUGCUGAUCUCUGCUAUGCUGGACCUGAAGAUGUGUCCUGUGAUGUCUGCACUGGGAGAAAACUGAAAGCCCUCAAGUCCUGUCUGGUUUGUCUGAUCUCUUUCUGUGAGAAACACCUCCAGCCUCACUUUGAAUCACCUGCCUAUGAAAAACACAAGCUGGUGGACCCCUCCAAGAAGCUCCAGGAGAACAUCUGCUCUCGUCAUGAUGAGGUGAUGAAGAUGUUCUGCCGUACUGAUCAGCAGUGUAUCUGUUAUCUCUGCUCUGUGGAUGAACAUAAAGGCCACGACACAGUCUCAGCUGCAGCAGAAAGGACUGAGAGGCAGAGAGAGCUCGAGGUGAGUCGACAAAACAUCCAGCAGAGAAUCCAGGACAGAGAGAAAGAUGUGAAGGAGCUUCAACAGGAGGUGGAGGCUAUCAAUCGCUCUGCUGAUAAAGCAGUGGAGGACAGUGAGAAGAUCUUCACUGAGCUGAUCAGUCUCAUCCAGAAAAGAAGCUCUGAUGUGAAGCAGCAGGUCAGAUCCCAGCAGGAAACUGAAGUGAGUCGAGUCAAAGAGCUUCAGGAGAAGCUGGAGCAGGAGAUCACUGAGCUGAAGAGGAAAGACGCUGAGAUGAAGAAGCUGUCACACACAGAGGACCACAACCAGUUUCUACACAACUACCCCUCACUGUCAGCACUCAGUGAAUCUACAUCCAGCAUCAAUAUCCGUCCUCUGAGGUACUUUGAGGAUGUGACAGCGGCUGUUUCAGAGCUCAGAGAUAAACUACAGGACGUUCUGAGAGAGAAAUGGACAAACGUCUCACUGACAGUGACUGAAGUGGAUGUUUUACUGCCACAACCAGAGCCCAAGACCAGAGCUGAAUUCUUAAGAUAUUCAUGUGAAAUCACACUGGAUCCAAACACAGCACACACAAAGCUGUUAUUAUCUGAGGGGGACAGAAAAGCAACAGUCCUAGGGAUAAAUCUAUACUAUCCUAGUCACCCAGACAGAUUCACAAGCAGUUUACAGGUCCUGAGUAGAGAGAGUCUGACUGGACGUUGUUACUUGGAGGUGGAAAAAGUACACGGAGGAGUUUCAGUAGUUGUAGCAUACAAAGACAGUAACACUGUAAAUGAGAGAUUUGGAGACAAUAACAAGUCUUGGGCAUUAGGUUUUUACAAAAGUCGUUAUGAACUCAGACAUAACAAUGUCCAAACUCCAGUCUCAGGUCCUCGGUCCUCCAGAGUUGGAGUGUAUCUGGAUCACAGUGCAGGUAUUCUGUCCUUCUACAGCGUCUCUGAAACCAUGACUCUCCUUCACAGAGUCCAGACCACAUUCACUCAGCCUCUCUAUGCUGGACUUCUUCUUUGUGGUCCCGUUUAUAACACAGCUGAGCUGUGUGAGCUUAGUUUGGAGGUAGAUGAUAUUGUAUGGUGAGCCGUGUGGACUUUACACGUUUUCAUUGUCAGUUUUCAAGUGCAAGAGUGGUUGACACUUUGCUAUGCUGUCACUGCUAAUGCUAUCUAUGCUAUUACCAGUGACAGGUACCAUGGCAGAUUUUAGCAAAAGAAACUAGAAAUAUAAAACACAUCAUUAGUGCAGUACUCUGGGCCUUAACUGAACUAAAGUUAUUGAUAUAAUCUCAGGGAAACACUUCACUAAAAGUCCUGCUUUUAAAUAUUACAUUGAUAUAUUUGCAGUAAGGUGUAAAAGAACUAGUUUGUCUGAAUUUGUUUGAUUGUAUAAUGUUGUUGUUCUUUUAUUUACACGUUAUUUGACAUUUUGGGUUUGAAUGGUAUUUAAAUUCUCAUUUCUCAUGUUUAUUGACAUAAUUAUGGUACUUUGCAUAUAUUUAAAGGUAGAGUGUUAGUAGUGUUAAAUUACAGUUUGAAUACUCGUAAUCUUUGGGUUUAAUACUUAAUCAUGUAACAUUAGUAUUCUUUGUCCCUGUUGUCUGUUGGCAAAUAUUAAAUCCUCCACUAGAGGUCAGUCUUUACAUAUAUUGUCCACUAUCACAUACUCAGAUGUACUUUACUGACAUUUACAAUAUACUAUAUGGCCAAAGGUUUGUAGACACUCCUGACACCUCUGGUCAACCUCACUAAUGCUUUUGUGGCUGAAUGGCAGCAAAUUCCUGCAGCCAGGUUCAACGUCUGGAGGCUGUUUUCAUAUUAAUUUCCAUAGUUUUGGAACAACUUGUUGAACAAUUACACACAGGUGUCAUUUUCAGGUGUCUACAUACCUUGUCAGGGUGUCCACAUACAUUUGGCCAUGCAGAUAAUGAUAUAUAAUGUUUAAUAAUGUAAUAUAAUACUUAAAGAGUAAGUUUGUUUAAUAUAAUCUUUUAAAUUCCUGAUGAAUGUCUUAUAAGUAACUUUUUUUUGGCAUUUUUAAAUGUCAAAGAUGUGACAAAAUUAUAUAGUAUAUUCUAUAAUGUGUGUACUUUGCUACUUUAUUGAUGCAUCAUCUCAUUGGUUAAAUGAGCCAAAUAGAUUUUCCUCUAAUGAUUGAUAUUAUUUUUGCUCUCUGCUUCCAUGAAAUGCUUAUGAUUAUGUUUCCUGCUGUAUAAAAUACAUGUAAUAAUACAAUUAUUCUCAUUAGAGCCUGAUUUAGAAUUAUAUAUGAUAUGUAGAAAUGUGCAAUAUAAAUUGUAUGAAGGAUUUACUUAAUAAAAUCACAACUUGAUGCUAAA